UUUACACUAGCCAACCAGCCUCAAUUUCGGUAGGACUUUACCUCGCCAUAUCAUCUUGUGUGUGUUUUCAACUUUGUAUUUUAAAGUGUUUUUCGUCAAAAUUGUUACAUAGUCGUCGUUCAUAAGACUUAAUUAAAUCAUAAUGUCUGGAAAACAAGACCAAGUUAUUGUUCUAGAGCCGUCAACAGAAUUAAGAUUUAAAGGUCCCUUCACAGACGUUGUGACAACCAAUUUAAAACUGAUCAACCCAACAGAAAAAAAGGUUUGCUUCAAGGUGAAAACGACCGCGCCAAAGCGCUACUGUGUGCGGCCUAACAGUGGCAUAAUUUCUCCCAAUGCUGAUGUUUUAAUAUCAGUAAUGCUGCAACCCUUUGAAUUUGAUCCCAAUGAGAAGAGCAAACACAAGUUUAUGGUGCAGACAGUGUUUGCGGCCACGGAUGAUCCUGACCUGGAGACAGUGUGGAGAGAUGCGUCACCAGAUCAGCUGAUGGACAGCAAACUCAAGUGUGUGUUCAUAUUUCCUGUUGACUCGGCGCAGAAUAAUUUAGACGUGUCCUCAUCUCCUGCACCUGCACCAGGUGUGGAGGAGAUGAAGCCGAAUGUGGCAAAGCUUAGUGAGGCAAGAGCCUCGCCCAAGGUUCAUUUUCAGGUAAACAACGUGGAGACGGAUCUAAGGAAUGCAAUGGCAGAAAAUAAGAGAUUGUUGUCAGAAAUAGAUGCUUUGAGGAAGGAAAACAAGACAUGGAGGGAUGACGACCUGAGGUUACGGCGGGCCGUGCAGUCGUCCUCUGGGUCGGAGCAGGUGCACACCGUGCCUGCCGGGCAGACGGGAACGUUCAGCACGCUGCAGCAGCUCACCCAGGGCAACGCGAUCCCACCAAUCAUGUACCUGGUUGCCGCCCUCAUUCUAGGCCUCAUAGUCGGCAAGUUUAUACUGUGAAUGACUCCUGGCACCCCCCUGCAUUGCUAUUCUUUGCUCUCGUGCCCUGUCCUGUGCUCGCCUGCCCGACGCAACGAAAGAGAGAGAGAGAGCACAAAGUUGUAUCUUCCUGGGAGGUAAACAGUAUACUUCGAUGAGCAAUUUCGAAUGACUUCACUGAUCUGUAAUAUUCCUGUCAAUGAUUUACUGGGUUUUGUAGCGACUUCAUCCUUCAGCUAAUUAAUACGAAAAUGCCUAUCACGGGAAUAUUGUACAUUUCAGUAGAAUGGGAAAAGUAUUGUGCCGGGCAUUGUAUAAAGUUUAACAAAGCACGUUUUUUCCUGUUUAUAACUCCCGUUGCAAACAGUGGGUAUAUAUGGAAAAUACAAAUACAGUAGUUGUUCAGUUAGGAUAUGAAGUAACGCUACAGCUUAAGAGGAUAAACUGUCGUAUUUUGAGGUGAAUUUGUUUUCCAAUUGUAUUUAAUUAGAGAAUGUAGUGCAAUAGCAACCUUUAAAUGAGAUUCAUCAAUUAAAUAGCAGUGUGUGUAUUAUUUGACUGCUGGCUCUAUUUAGAUGCCAUUAAGUAUGAAUUUAUAAAGGUUUUAAGCAAUAUUACUUUGUUUGAGAUGUCAAAUUGUUACCAUGUUUCCGUUUUAGCACGUUGGCUGACAAAAUGCAGGAUUUUUUAUUGGAAAAGAAUUCCAUCGGUGUAUCUAAGCAUGAUGAGGCUGUGGAGUAACUUGUAACUCGUGCUUGUAUUUGCGAAAAAGGGCAGGUGGAACACUAAAAUAUUUAGACAUACGUGCCAGUCAAACAAAGAAGGCCCUGUGUUGUAAGUUAACAUACAACUCCUGAUAUAAUGUGGUGUAGGGGCUUAAUGGCAGCUGAAGGGUACUUGUCACUUAAGGUUUAAGCCUAACAUGCCUAAUGGCUUGCGACAAGCAGAGGAUGAAGUGAGGGAUAUUGCCGGUGGUGUAUGCACUCCCAUACAAACAUUUUAGCCAUAGACCGUAGUUUCUGGGGACACUUUUGACACAAAGGGACAAACAAAGAAAAGUUUCUCCAUUGAGUAGCCCACCAAGAGAUAGGAGGCACUCAGGUUGUAAGGAUGGUGGUUUAUUUAUGGUGUGCUUGUUAUCUAGUAGCACAUACACCUGUGGUGAGGCUGCUGUAUCAGUCCGAGUGAGUUCGUGCAAGUUUAUUUAGUGCUGAAGUUCGUCAGCCAACAUGCUGUGUGUUUAUGUUGCGGGCAAGCUGUGUUGUCGCUAUGCCCCAGUCAUUCCUACUACCCACACUCGUGGGGGCAAAGUUGAGCUAGCGUUGCAUAUACAAACAUGUACCCGGUCCAUUCUUAUAAGGUCCAAAUAGGUGUCGAAAUUUUUCUCACUCAUAUUCUUUUUUCCUUUUGUAUUCAUAGCAUUAUUUUAUUCAUCUUGCUCAUAGCUGAAUGGUGACACUUAAAAAUACGCCUGUUAAUAUGAUAAUAUCACGUGAAUGGUUUUGGUGUUCGAGCAACGACUCCAUAGAAGAUUGUAUUAAGAAAAUUCGUGUCUCUGCCUUUAAUAUUAUUAGUAAGCAGUUAUCUGUAAGCAAACCGAGUCUUGUCUAUUCGCUAUAUGUGUAAAAAGCUGCUGGCUAAUGUUUGUACGUGUGCAUGUGCGUGUGUGCGCGUGCACACGUGCGUGCAUGUGUGUCUGUGUCUGUAGCUUAUACGCUACCAGUUAUUCUUAAUGACCCAGUAAUUUUAUGUUUCUUACAUACUGCAAGCUGCUAUGUUAAUCCAAAUAUUAUAUGCUAAACUUUUGCAAAAGGCAAAGCAACCGCGUUCUUUGCAAAUGGCACUGCAUGCAAAUACCGAGUUUUGUAUACAUUAAAAUGGGGAACGCUUCACAAGCUUUUCUUACGUGGUCUCCCACGAUUUGGAGCUAAUACAGUGGUUAUCUAGUAUAAUUACCUAUACGAGCAUGAUUGAAUAUUUGUUGCUUGCUAUAUAAUAAAUGGCAGGUUUUGCGUGCAAGUUAAUUUUUUUUUAGCAAUAGUUAAUCUUGUGCAGAUCUUGUCAGAUGUUGGUGAAUUUUCCCUUUGUAUAAAUAAUAUUAACUAUAUCACUUUAUCACGGUAUGUUGAUGUAAACCUUUCAAUCUAGCGGAAUAUCCGAUAAUUAAUUAUUAUUCACCAGGACUUUCAGAAUAAGACCAAGUCCAAGAGGUAUGAUUAUUCUGAAGCCGAUACACCCUGCAACCACUUUUCCAGUACAAUUUUUCAGUCAUUAUUAUAAGGGUGAUGUGGAUUUGAUGCAUGGGUAACUGGCUACUUGGGGAAACUAUAUGUAUUUUCGAAGACUGAAGGAAAUCACCAACAACGUGAUCGCAAUGCGCUGACCGUUUUUACGUCAUUUGCAACUAUUGCAAAAGCAUAAGCAAAACGGCAGCAGAUAAGCUUAGUAGAUGGCUGAGAACUGUGAGCCUGACUUAAAAAGGUAUAGUAGGAAGGUAACGUGUGGGCGUGACUAACCACGCUACUAAAGGUACACAGUUCCGCGCAUGUAUAAGCGAACAGAGAAAUGGGUGCUGUAAUGUGAACGUAGAGCGAAUUGGAAUUGCGAGCAUAUAGAGCAAUUGCUUACCUAGGCACUAGUGUGGAAAAGGGUUGGUGGUAUAAACUGGCAGGUAUGCACUGCAGUACCAUAUUGCAACAGCAUCACGCCGUCUUGUGAAUAUACAUUGUAAAAUUUAUUUAUGGUAAAUUGCUGUUAAGACUACACUUCGUGUACUAAAUAAAAGCAUUGUGUUACUGAUCAA